GAGGUAGAGUUGGCAUGGGGAAAACAACUAAUCUGUUUUCCAAACAGGUUUUUAUAAAUAACUGACAGGAGAUGGGCUGAUUUUAUGGAAGUAUUAACCCAAAUGAUGGGUGUUAAUCAUUAAACCUUUUAGGUGGUGGCUCGCUUGUUUCUCUGAUAUUCUAAUCCGGGUCACAGAAUGGCUAAGGCAGCUUUAAGUGCAGCGUGGAUUUUUUUUUCUCACUUUGCCUUGUGUUUUCCACUCUGAAAGAAUGUUGUGGCUGCUGUUUUUUCUGGUGACCGCUAUUCAUGCUGAACUCUGUCAACCAGGUGCAGAAAAUGCUUUUAAAGUGAGACUUAGUAUCAGAACAGCUCUGGGAGAUAAAGCAUAUGCCUGGGAUACAAAUGAAGAAUAUCUCUUCAAAGCGAUGGUAGCUUUCUCCAUGAGAAAAGUUCCCAACAGAGAAGCAACAGAAAUUUCCCAUGUCCUACUUUGCAAUGUAACCCAGAGGGUAUCAUUCUGGUUCGUGGUUAUAGACCCUUCAAAAAAUCACACCCUUCCUGCUGUUGAGGUGCAGUCAGCCAUACGAAAGAACAGGAACCGGAUCAACAAUGCCUUCUCUCUGAAUGACCAAACUCUGGAAUUUUUAAAAAUUCCUUCCACACUUGCACCACCCACAGACCCAUCUGUGCCCAUCUGGAUUAUUAUAUUUGGUGUGAUAUUUUGCAUCGUCAUAGUUGCAAUUACACUACUGAUUUUAUCAGGGAUCCGGCAACGUAGAAGAAAGAACAAAGAACCGUCUGGAGUGGAUGACACUGAAGAUAAGUGUGAAAACAUGAUCACAAUUGAAAAUGGCAUCCCCUGUGAUCCCCUGGACAUGAAGGGAGGGCACAUUAAUGAGGCCUUCAUGACAGAGGAUGAGAGGCUGACCCCUCUCUGAAGGGCUAUUGUUCUGCUUCCUCAAGAAAUUAAAACAUUUGUUUCUGUGUGACUGCUGAGAGUCCUGAAAUACCAAGAGCAGAUCAUAUAUUUUGUUUCACCAUUCUUCUUUUGUAAUAAAUUUUGAAUGUGCUUGAAAGUGAAAAGCAAUCAAUCAUACCCACCAAGACAAUUGAAAUCAUAAGCUAUUGACGACUCAAAAUAUUCUAAAAUAUUUUUCUGACAAUAUAGUGUAUAAAUGUGGUCAUGUGGUAUUUGUAGUUAUUGAUUUAAGCAUUUUCAGAAAUAAGAUCAGGCCUAUAUAUAUAUAUAUUCACACUUUAAAGACCUAAGGAAAAGUACAUUUUCCAGUGGAGAAUACAUAUAAUAUGAUGGAGAAAUCACUGAAAAUGGAUCCUUUUUGAUGAUCAUAUAUAUCACUCUGUAUAUGACUAAGUAAGCAAAAGUGAGAAGUAAUUAUUAUAAAUGGAUAGAUAAAACUGGAAGUAUUGGUAUACAGGGUAGAAUUUUAUCCUGUUAUCACACCAACAAUUGCUUAUAUAUUUUCUGAAUAUCAGCCCCUAAUAGGAUAAUUCUAUUUGUUGACCAUUUCUAUAAUUUGUAAAAGUCCAAUCUGUGCUAACUUAAUAAAGUAAUAAUCAUGUCUUUUUGAUUGUGU